CUGAAGAUUGCGGAUUACGACAACGGCAAACACGGCAUAUACGGAAAUCUAUUAGAGAUAGAAGACAUCGAGCUAGUCGGCAACGGCAUGUCGGAUUCCGCUUUUGAGCGAGAACAAAGACCAGAAAAUUUAAGUCUUUUGUACGUGGAGGAAGCAGUGCGCAAUUUGGCCCAUAGCAGGACACCUCGAGUUAGUUUAGACACCUUGGAUGAAGAAGGAAAUGCUACAUUUAAACCCCUGAGCAAGGAAGACGCAGAAGCGGAACUGUUUCGGAUGACUGAGGAAAAUGCAGAACAACGUAAAGGGGAAAGAAUCUGGAGUGUGUGGCCACCUGCGCCAUUGGAAGACACAAUGUUGGACUAUGGAAUGGCAAGUGAAUUUGCACAUGCAAGAAUCGAAGCAAGGGAACUGAGAACGAAAAUUGUGCUGAGGUCUCAAUCUGUGUCUGAUAACUCUGCUUUCGUGGAUACAGACUCUCCGGAGACCGCAACAUCGGGUGUGGAGGUUGGUGCAGUAAAUGCUAGUACCGAAGUAGAGCAGGACCACCACCAGGUGGCUAGUAAUACUACAACUCUUUUUGUCGUAGCUGACGAUGUUCAGCAGAUCAUGAGCCACAAAAGUAUCUCGAGUAGGAUCCACACGGAGGUCGACGUUGCUGAAAGGCUGUCCACGUUCUCUCUGCAGAACCAGAAGUACCGCAUAUGGCAGAGUGUGACGCCACGUUUAGUCUGCUGCUGGCCUUUGGAGCAAGCCGUUUGGAACUCAGUGCGCGGUCACGGUCAUCCACAGGCCGUCCAGGUGUUGCUGGAUCAUGGCGCGGAUAUUUUUGUGCACUCUGAAAUGAGUGGAACGCUUCUAAACUUGGUCUUGGAAACGCAUUGGCACGAUGUCAGACGGGCAAAUGGGCAGCGCGGAGCUGCUUGUGUAGUCGAGGGAACACCGGCCGGGCGAGGUGCUUCUUCUUCUUCAUCUGAAGUUGUAGUCCUGGGAUCAAAAGGACAAUCCGAAUCUUUUGGCGAACAAGCUGGCAAAGAAUUGCUGCGGGCUCUGUUAAGACAUCUUCAGACGAGAGUGUAUCCGAACGACCCUGUGGCCUAUGCGGAAUGCCCCUUGCUUACUGGAUUUUCCACAAGGGUUCAACAUGGCCAGGCAGCAGCAGAUGCAUCAAUCAACCAAAAGGAGUUGCUCUUUUUUUCUCCGGUAGAAACGGCAGUUCGUCUGAUCGACAAUUUUCAACAGACAAGUGCGAAAGAGGCUCUGCGGAUCAUGGUAGAGGAAUUCCACGUACCUAUCGCUCCGGAAAAACUAAAACCUAGAGUCUUGGAGCUCUUGCAAAUUGAAGCAUAAGGUUGGAUCUUCUGGUGUAAACCAAUAAAGAUUCAAAUCAUCAUCAAAGAUUGAGUUUUCAUUCUGUGGAGAAGUAUAAUGAGCCGUGACAAAUAUAACCAAUACAGAUUGAAGUCUGUGCUCUUGCGGUGCACGAACAUGCAAUUUUUGGAAUACCUUAGACUAACGUCAGUAGGUACAAACUACUCUUGUGGAAUCACAAAGAUGAGAAUGAACUCACGUUAUUCACCAACGGUCGACAUUGUUUUGUUUUUGGGCGUUGAAAACUUCUUCAUGGAAUGGACUUGUCUGAUUUUACUUAAUUGCGAGGGCACGCUUUCGCUUAGUUUCGAUAUUUUAGCUCUAGAAAUAAUCUUUGUUAUUUUUCCAAGUCUGACCUCUAUUAGUGCAUGAAGCUAAGUUCCCUACCGUACGCCCAAAAAUCAAAGUUUGAACCAGGAAUACGACCUCCCAGCGAUAGGCCCUAUAAAAGAAACCCUUAAAGUGAGAGUGUGCAUUCAUGGAUGGCACUAAAAACCCGCUUUACCCCUCAUAGGCGCAUAUGAUAAAGUGCUUAUUCACAAGAGCAGGCUGCCGUGAGACGUAUAAGGCUAUGCAUGGCCAUCCACCCACACCCAC